AUGGACAGCCUGGACGACCUGGACAAUGCGCUGUUUGGUAAAAACCUCGCUCCCCAAGCGACUUCCACGGCAGGCGAAGCGAAGAAAAAAGUCGUUUUCAAAGAUUCCAAAUCAAAUCUCGGUCCUCUGGGAGACUUUGAUCUGUCGGACAUCGACGACGACGAGGAUGAGGACGAGUUGGGAAAGAAAUCAUCGGACCUGCUGAGGAAUAACAAGAUCGAGGAUUUGUUUGGAGUCAGGAAAGAGACCACUGAACCGCCGAGCAUCAAACCGGCAGACAAAGGACCAUCACCGAAGCAACUGACAUCGGAACUAAAAGAACAAGACUUUUUGGGUGGAGAACCAACGUCGAAACCCAGCGAUUCGACCCCGAAAAUGCGACCCUUCUUCGAGGACGACGACGAUGCCAACGACGUGAUCGACAACCUAGCUGACAGGUCAAAGUCAAAAAAGACCUCGCUGAUGGAAAACCUCUUUGGCAGCAGGCCAAAGUCCUCAUCCAGUUCGGGGAUGGACUCCAACGCCAGGAAGGACGCUUUCGGGAACAGGAAAAACAGCCUCGACGCCCUGCCAGAUGGCUCUGGCACCGAAGCUAAAAGUGGUUUCAGCCUCAGCGCGCCAAAGGAGCCCAGACGGGGAAGAAGACCUUCCUCCGCCGUACCGAACGAUCCUUUGGGUCUGCUGUCGGGGUCCAGCUUACAGUUUGACGACUUGCCGAAAACCGAGAGCCUCAAACAGUCGGCCGGGAGCUCCAGGGGAGCCGAAAACGCCGUCGACGACUUACCGGAGUGGCUGGGCGGGCCAAAACAGAGCCUAAACAAGAAGCAAGACGGUUCAUCCGAUUUCGUUGUGAAAAAGUCUUCGACUGAUCUAUCAUCGACCAUACCAGGUAUACAGAAAUACAUGGCAACCGAACUCGAGAACUCGGAGCAGAGCGCGCUGGCGUCGCGUCUCCUGGGGCUGGAGUUUGAGCAGCAGGCAGCGAUGAUGAGCAUGCAACAGCAGGAGCACGAGCUAAAGACAGCGGUGUCGAUGGCUCGACAGAGCGAGAAGCUGAACGGGCUGCUGGAGGCGCAGAGGACCAGGCUGGCCGAGCAGGAGGGCCACUUUGGUGUCCUGGUUGCCAAACAACUCGAGAGACAGGCCAUCCUCGAGGCACAGAUGAAGGCGCAGCAGGAGCGCAUCGACGGCUACAUCAGGAGCCUUGCAGCCCAGCCAACUUCCGUCCCUACCGCGGUGCAUCAGGUGGCGGAUAGAAGUAAGGAGGUGGACGAGUCGGAGGCUCUUGUGCAGAAGCUACGAUUGGAGAAGCUCUACCUGGAAAAUACGGUGGACAGCUUGAAAGAGAAGCACGAGAAGGAGAUGUCGAUCGUUGAGGAUUCUUACAAGAAGCAGAUAGCUUUUUUGGAGGAAGCCAUGCUCCACAUGGAGAAGAGGAUGCAGGACGACGUGGAGAGCAUCGAGGCCGACCACAGAGCCAAAGUCCAGAAACUCAGGGAUGAGAUCUCAGAGUGCCACAGGUUGCACGCCGAAGAGAAGGAAACAUCCAAGAGGGAAAACGCGAGGCUGUUCCAAGAGAUUCGCGAGCAGCACGCGAGGAGCUUCGAGGUUCUGCAGAGCGAGCAUCUCGAGACAAUCGAGCGAAUAACCAGGUCGAAGCAGUCGGAGCGCCAAGCUCUGGAGAUCAUGAGGGCCGAGGGCACGAGCGUGCAGAACGUGCUCAACAAGUCGCAGGUGAUCAUCGAGGGCCUCGAGGACCUGCACAGGAAGUUCGAGGGCAGGGACGUCGGGUUCGCAGCCUCGCAGACCAACCAUCUGUCCCUUCAGGAGAAGAACAUGGAGUAUCUUAAGGAGACCCUGGAGAAGCAGAAAAAUGACUUUGUCGAGGAGAAGCAGAGGCUGAUGGACACGAUUCGCAAUCUCGAGAUGAACAUCGACGAGCUGACGCGCGAGUUCAAGGCGCAGAGCGUGAAUUUCAAGGAGGCGGAGGGAAUCAUGAAGUCCAGGGAACAGGCGCUGCUCAGGGACCGGGAGCUCUUUGCCGAGCAGACCACUUGGGAGCGCGAGCGCUUGCAGGCGAUGAGAGACUCGUGGGUGAAGGAGCAGGACAUGCAAAUCGAGUGGCUGGCCAAGGAGAGGCAAGCUUUGGCGGUCGAAAAAGGCAAGCUGCAGAUCGCCAAUAGGCUGAAAACUGGAGCGGACGAGACUUGGAAGUUCGAGCUGGAGGCUUCGAUGAGAGCUGCGCAAGAAGCGGCGGCGGCAGCCAACCAAGAGAGGCUGAGGUGGCAGGAGAAGACGAACGAGCUGGAGUCGCAGAGAAAGACGCUUCAGGACAAAGAGGCUCAUCUCGUCCAGAGGGCCAAGGAACUUCAAGAUCUCACCAAGUCCGCCAUAAACAAGAGGGACGAGGGGAUGCGAGCACUGAAGGAGGCCCGCUUCGUCGAGGAGCGGUACAAGAAGAAGCUCAGCCAGCUGGAAUUGCAGCGCGAGAUUCUUACCCAGCGAGAAAGCAAACUUGCCUCGGAGAAGCUCGAGCUUGCACGCGAGAGACUUGCGCUUCGCAUCGGUGAGGACAAGCCGGUCAAGGAUACGUCGUCGGUAAAGAGUAUUGACGAACUACAAGUCAGUCGUGCAGGGGAGCAGCAGCGGCAGGCCAAUCUCUCGGAGGUCGAUCAACGUUUUCUAAAUUUCACGCUUGCUCUUCAGGAUAUCGUAGAUCCACAGUUGGUCUUGUUGAGGUGGGAGUUGAACAGUGGACAAGAGAUCUCGUUACCCGCCGUUAAACCUAAGGUCUAG